AAAAGCAGCGGCGACAAUAUUGCCCCUAUGAAAGUCGAUCAGCCGCAAAACGGCAAAGCGGCAUCGACAGGGUCCCCACCUGAAGAAGGAGCAUCAGUGCCACAGCAAGAGUGCCCCGGCAGCAGCAGUGUUGGGCAACCCUGUGCCGCUGUAACAGACCCUCCACAUCAGGAGGUCCAUGAGGUCACAGAGGUCACCCCUCAGACCAUCACCCCACGCAGAGGUCGCGGGAGGCCCAGGAAGAGCGAGCAGAAGAGCGCCAAGACUCCGACGAGCACCCCAACAGGCAAUCCGGUGGUGAGACAACGAGGCAGGCGGCCAAGCUUGAAGAAGGAAGAGGAGGAUGCAGCCGUGGCGAUCCCUGUGGGCUCAGAGAAAAAGACUUGCCAACGAGAGCUGAAUGAUCCAGAGGGGAAAGAAGACACAGCAGGCACACUAGUUGGGGCUGAAGCUGAGCUUGCAGAGCAGUCCACACACAACGGAGCACGAGAAGUUCCCAAAGCCUCUGCUGGUCGUUACCGAACACGGAGGUCAUCCUCCUCCUCCACCACCACAACCUCCUCGCCCACUACACCUGCUCCACCACCCCAGUCCUCCUCUCCCCCACCCUCCUCCUCCUCCACCAAGGAGCCCCACUACCGCUACACCUGCGGCACGUGCGGCCGGACGUUCACGCGUUCCUCCGACGUGCGUCGCCACCAGCUCACGCACACGGGCGAGCGCCCCUUCCGCUGCUCGCACUGCGCCAAGACCUUCCAGCACGCCUGGGACCUCUCCAAGCACCAGCGCAAGUACCACGGCGACGGCGAGUGCCUGUUCCGCUGCGGCACGUGCGGCGCCGACUUCCCCAACCUGCGGCAGCUGGCCAUCCACCACAAAAGGAGCCACACGGGCGUCCCUCUGCCGCACACCUGCUCCAUCUGCGGCAAGAGCUUCCCGGCGGCGGCGGCGCUGGGCGAGCAUCGCAGGUCCCAUGGCGACAAGCCCCAGUACGAGUGCCCGCAGUGCGGCCAGGCCUUUGACACCCUGCUGGAGCGCUCCAAGCACCGGCAGACGCACGUGGCCAAGCGGCAGUUCAAGUGCCCGCAGUGCGACAAGACGUACACACGGCGCGCCGACGUCAAGCGGCACCAGCUGACGCACACCGGCGAGCGGCCCCACCAGUGCGCGCAGUGCGGCCGCUGCUUCGGCCUGCGCUCGGCCCUCAACAAGCACCAGGCCGUGCACACGGGCGCCAGGCCCUUCAAGUGCCGGCAGUGUGGCAAGCGCUUCACGCUGCUCUCCAUCCUGGAGCGGCACGAGCGCAUGCACUCCGGGGAGCGCCCUUUCCUCUGCUCGCAGUGCGGCAAGCGCUUCCUGUCGCUGGGCGAGCUGUCCAAGCACUACAAGUCGCACACAGACGAGAGGCCCUUUCAGUGCGGGCAGUGCGGCAAGCGGCUCAAGUCCAAGCGCGCGCUGCAGGAGCACACGCUGUCGCACCGCGGCGAGCGCCCGUACCUUUGCUCCUACUGUGGCAAAGGGUUUACCAAGCCCUUCGCGCUGACACGCCACCACCUGAUGCACACCGGCGAGCGCCCGUACCCCUGCGCGCACUGCGGCCGCGCCUUCCUGACCUCGGCCGAGCUGACGCUCCACGAACGCACGCACACCGGCGAGAGGCCCUACGCCUGCCCGGAGUGCCCCAUGAAGUUCCGCAGCUCGUCCGAGCUGGCGCGGCACAAGCGGAAUCACGGGAAGGAAGGGGGAGGAGGAGAUCAGACGCAUGUCUGCGGCAUCUGCUCCAAGGCCUUUGCCAGCAUGACCAAACUGAACAAACAUGCCUUGACACAUGCUAAGGAGAAGGGCAUCGUGUGUGUGACCUUGCCCGUCGAUGCAGAUGGGAUGCACGGGGCUGCGAGCAUAGUAGAGGGGCACAGUGUUGUACUGACUGUAACAACGACGACCCAAAAUUCGGUUGACAUGUGACUGCGUGUGUAAAUAUUUGGGUGUACUACUAACUGUAAUAUUCAUGUACUGUACAGCAAUACUAAUCUGGAAAAUUGCAUAUUUUGUAUUCAGCUUUUAUUAUGAAGUACACAGAAAGGGAUUUAACUGCAUUUUCACGUUUCAUUUGACGGUUUUUAUUACAGCUGCAGACAGUCCUACACAGUAAAUCAUUUACUUACUUACUUAACCCCAUUACGCCAUUCGGCGCAUAGGGCAGCAGUAAAUAAUUUACCGAGAUUGAAAUAUUGAAAUGAAUUUUUUUAUAAAGCAUUAAAUUUUUUUAAUGGUUACUGCAAUUAUGUACAGUUAUUUGAAAUGAUCAAUGCAGAAUAAUAUAUAUAAAGUAUUUAAU